CAUAACAAAGUAAUAUUCACUUUUGUCUUCCCAGAACUAUAUUACCUCAUUGCCAGAUUCCUGCAGUCUGGACCAUGUAAAAAAUCAGCUCAGAUUCUGGUCGAGGAGCUGGAGGAGUAUGAGUUGAUUCCAGAGCGAUGGAGUUGGGACGGGAAGAAAUACAAACGCAACUUUGAAGACUGGGUGAUUCUGAAUCAACACAUUCCCGAUGAUUAUUUGCUCCAGAUCUGCAAAAGAAUUGGUCCUCUUAUAGAGAAGGAAAUCCCACCUAGUGUCCCAGGUGUACAAACUCUCCUCGGCCUUGGAAAGCAAUCCUUGCUUCGCACCACUAAAAGUUGUAGCCACAAAGUCUGUAGUGGUUCUGCAGUUGCCGCUCUUCAUCGAGGCAGGCCUCCUGAACCUCCCGUGGUGAAUGGAACUGCUCCUAAUGUUGUGUCUAUUGUGGGGGCUCGUCAGGCCACUGGAGUUGCUCGGUUUGGUCAGGCUUUCCCAUCUUCAUCAUAUCAACACAUGAAGAUUCACAAGCGCAUUCUGGGACACCUCUCGUCUGUUUACUGUAUAGCCUUUGAUCGCACUGGUCAUCGGAUAUUCACGGGUUCGGAUGACUGCCUUGUGAAAAUCUGGGCCACUGAGGAUGGCCGUCUAUUGGCAACACUUCGAGGCCACUCAGCAGAGAUUUGUGAUAUGACAGUCAACUAUGAGAAUACUCUGCUGGCCUCAGCCAGCUGUGAUAAGGUCAUACGAGUGUGGUGCCUCCGGACAUGUGCCCCCAUAUCUGUUCUACAGGCUCACCAGGCCUCCAUUACUGCUAUACAAUUUUGCCCUGCUGUUAAAGGACCAAUGAGAUACCUUGCAUCUACAGGUGCAGAUGGCAUGGUCUGUUUUUGGAACUGGCAUUCGGAGACGCUAAAAUUCAAUGAUCAGCCGACCAAAUUUGAACGUUCCCGUCCUGGUGUGCAGGUGUCCACAUCUUCUUUCAGUGGUGGCGGUAUGUUUAUGGCGACCGGUGGAACUGAUCAUAUGGUCCGGAUCUACUAUCUUGGGGCUGAAACGCCCACGAAAGUGUCUGAAAUUGAUGGUCAUACAGACAAAGUUGUUGUAGUGCAAUUCAGCAAUAACAGUGACAGCCUCAGAUUUGUAAGUGGCAGUCGUGAUGGCACAGCCAGAAUAUGGCAUUAUCAGCAACAGGAGUGGAAGAGCAUUACUUUAGACAUGACCACUAAGAUGCCAGGAAGUAGUGCAUCUAACGGAGAGGAAAAAGUAAAACUUGUUGUGACAAUGGUGGCGUGGGACCGGGCAGAUCGUACAGUCAUCACAGCUGUGUCAAACUACCUGCUCAAAGUGUGGAACGCAACUACCGGGCAAUUGCUGCACAAUCUGUGUGGCCAUGAUGAUGAAGUGUUUGUUCUGGAAUCCCACCCCACUGAUUCUCGUAUAUUACUCUCCGCUGGUCACGAUGGGAACAUUUACAUGUGGGACCUUACAAAGGGAGUCAAGAUCCGCAACUUUUUCAACAUGAUUGAAGGACAAGGACAUGGUGCUAUUUAUGACUGCAAGUUCUCUGCUGAUGGACAGCAUUUUGCUGGCACUGACUCACAUGGUCAUUUGCUCAUCUUUGGCUUUGGCUGCAGUAGACCCUAUGAAAAGAUUCCAGACCAGAUGUUCUUCCAUACAGACUACAGACCACUUAUCCGGGAUUCUAAUAACUAUGUCCUAGAUGAGCAGACCCAGCAGGCCCCACACCUCAUGCCUCCACCUUUCUUAGUCGAUGUUGAUGGAAAUCCUCACCCCCCUCAGUACCAGCGCCUUGUACCAGGAAGAGAAAACUGCAAGGAGGAUCAGCUCAUACCUCAAAUUGGUUACGUUGCUAAUGGUGACGGGGAGUUAGUUGAGCAGGUUAUUGGCCAACAAACAGAAAAUGGAGAAAGCAUAUUGGACAGUCUUAUACGGCAACUACAAAAUGAACAAGAUGAGCGUCAAAAUGUACAGCCUGCAGCAGAGGAGAAUCAGAGAGGAGGUAAUGAAGCAGCAGAAGGUGAGAAUUCUUCCCCAGCCGCAGAGCCACGCAGAAGUGGUCAGGUUGAUGGAGUGUGGCAAAUGCAGCACAAUAAUCUACGCAGCCAAGUGGCAACCGAAAGGGACCUGCUGGCCUGGAGUCGCAGAGUGGUGGUCAAUGAAGUGCCACAAGCAAUGUAUAGAAUUUUAGAGGAGUGCAGACAAGCCAAAGGUGACAUGGAGUGUGUCCUGUACAAUGCUGAGCGUCGAAAGAAGCCUUUGCCAUUCCAGCCCCAGACUGAGCCCCUGGGAUCUCGGCGCUCUCUCCGACCUACAAAGAAGCAGAAACAAAAACAUGCAUAUCAGACGCGAUCCGCACAAGUACGCCGUGUGGGGAGCAGACGAAGGUCCAGCACACGUCGUACUUCUGACAGCCAACUCGAGUCAGAGAGUGAUGGAGAGGCGGCUGAACAAGGAGAUGCUAGUGAUGCAUCUUCUGAUGAAGAUCAAUGGCAAAGUGAGAGCAGCUCAAGUGACUCGUCCAGUGAAUAUUCUGACUGGACUGCUGACGCUGGGAUCAAUCUCCAGCCACCAAAACGUUCAUCAAGGAGGCCUGCGCCUCCUGCUGGUUACAGCAGCACUGACGAUGAAGGAGGAGAGGAUAAAAAUGCACAGCCCAAAAAGGACAAUGAAGAACAGAAGAAACCUAAACAAACCAAACAAAAGCCAACAUCAUCUCUCGGUGGUCGAAAUGCAGAGGAGUGGCGUCCACCAUCUUGGAUAAUGGAAACCAUCCCACGGCGGUCUCCCUUUGUCCCACAGAUGGGUGACGAGCUGGUCUACUUCAAACAGGGCCAUCAGGCCUAUGUGAGGGCUGUCCGCAGGGCUAAGGCCUACAGCAUUAACCCCCAGAAACAGCCAUGGAACAGACUUAACCUCAGGGACCAGGAAUCAGUUAAGGUAGUAGGGAUUAAAUAUGAAGUUGGACCUCCCACUCUUUGCUGCCUAAAACUGGCCUUCUUAGAUCCGGUCUCAGGGAAAAUGACAAAUGAUUCUUUUUCUUUAAAGUACCAUGACAUGCCCGAUGUGAUUGAUUUUCUUGUCCUUCAACAGUUUUACAAUGAGGCACGAGAACAUAAUUGGCAGCCGGGUAUGAGUUUCCGCAGCAUAAUUGAUGAUGCUUGGUGGUUUGGCACUAUUGAAGACCAGGAGCCUCUGCAGUUGGAGUAUCCAGACAGUCUCUUUCAGUGCUUUGCAGUAAAAUGGGACAAUGGGGAGUGCGAGAAGAUGAGUCCAUGGGACAUGGAGCCAAUACCCGAGGAAGCUGCACUGCCAGAGCAGGUUGGAGAUGGCACACCAGUGGCUGAAGAAGAGUUGACUGCUCUGCUUUACAAACCUCAGGAAGGAGAGUGGGGCGCUCACACACGAGAUGAAGAGUGUGAACGGGUUUUACAAGGCAUUGUUGACCUCCUGACACUGGAUGUAGCGAAAGCUUUUGCAUCGCCUGUAAAUCUGCAAGUCUAUCCUCUGUAUUGCACUGUGGUGGCUUACCCAACUGACCUAAGCACCAUCCGCAAAAGACUGGAAAACCGAUUUUACAGGCGGAUUUCUGCAUUAAUGUGGGAGGUACGUUACAUUGAACAUAAUGCACGCACUUUCAAUGAGCCACAGAGCCCCAUAGUAGCAGCAGCAAAGAUAGUGACUGAUGUGCUCCUCCAUUUCAUUGGAGACCAGAGCUGCACAGACAUCCUUGAUCUGUAUCACAAAUUAAAGUUUGAGGUCAGCAGUGGAGAUGAAGGAGAGGUUGAUGUGGACAUAGAUUCUGAUACCCCAGGGACAUCCACGGGACAUCGGAACAAACAAAAGACACGUGGUGUGGCUCUAGACCCCAAAGCCUGGAGAGCACAGUGUAGAGAGUUGCUUCGACGAAUGGCGGUUUCUCCUGACUCAGAACCUUUCAGGCAGCCUGUGGAUCUAUUUGAGUACCCCGACUAUCGGGACAUAAUUGAUACUCCUAUGGAUUUGGGUACUGUGUCUGAGACUCUGCUGGCAGGAAAUUAUGAAAACCCAAUGGAAUUUGCUAAAGACAUUCGCCUCAUUUUUAGCAAUUCAAGAGCAUACACGCCAAACAAGAAAUCAAAGAUUUACACCAUGACUCUCAGCUUGUCGGCCUUCUUUGAAACAAAUAUAAUCUCCAUCAUCUCUGAUUACAAGUCAGCAAUUCAGAACGAACGCAGAACUCGUCAAAGGCAGAGUUACAGAGACCGACUGCAAAAUGGAGGAGGCUCCCCCACUCUCAGCCCCUCUCCAAGUUCUAAAGGGAAGCACAAAUUAAGUAAGGGCUCCAAGACAAAAAAAUCCCAGUCCUCAAUUAAAAAGUCUGGAUUAAGAUCACAUCAAGCUGUAGCAGAAGUGGACAUUGAACCGUCUUCCCCAAGUUCAGGGACGAGUAGCAACAGCAGAAGCCAAGACUCUCGAACAACUCGCAGCAAAGCCUCUCGUAGAUCAGGCCACCAGCGUAGAAGGACAGGUGAGCAGCAGGUUGAACAGUCAGACAAUGAAGCUUCGGGUUCCAAUAGCUCCUCUUCAGACUCCUCCUCUUCAUCAUCUUCGACAUCCUCUUCAUCGUCUUCGGACAGCUCAGACUCUGAGAUGGAGCAGUUUGUGGAAGGAGGUGAUCAUGACUAUAGCAAGGCCUCCUGCCGGUCAGCACGGCCCACUGCAAAAGGCAAAGAGGUCCUCUCAGGGAAACGCAGACUCAAAGAGGAGGAGGCAUCAAAUCAGAGGCCAAAACGAGCCAGAGUUCAACUUCAGGUGCACGAGGAAGAAGAUGAUGAAGAGGAAGAGGAGGAGGAGGAGGAGGAAGAAGUAUUGCUGCAGCCCAUAACUAUAAGUCACCGUGACGACGAGGAAGAGGAGCCAGAGGAGGAAGAGGAAGAGCUAGAGGAAGACAAUGAGGUGGAAGAGGACGAAGAAGAAGAAGAAGAAGAGGAGGAGGAUGAUGAAGAGGAUGACGACAACUCUGAGCCUCAAGCAGCAGCCAAAAGCACCAGGGUCAACCAUCUCAAGUCUCAAAGGGUGAGCACACGAAAUCAGGGCCGCAGGACGGUGGUGUAUAGAGACGGAGACUCAGAGGACGAGGCUUCCAAACAGGACCCUCUGAACCUGGGCAUGUCCCGCUCUGGACGGGUGCGCCGCAUGACUGAGAAGGCCCGUGUCAGCCACCUAAUGGGCUGGGGGGGGCAUUGAGAAACUCUAAGAAAUCUGUUGAAAUAAGGAAUACUUCAGGGAUUUUGCAUUGUACAUGUGUAUAUAUUAAAUAUAUAUAGAGAGAAAUGUUUUUAUCUGAGACUACUAAUGACUGGUGCUCAUAUCUGUUGCCAAGGAUUUUUCCCUGGUCGACUGGACUUGCUGUUCAGCUCACCUCUGCCUUAUUGAUCAGGAGAGGAGUGCCACUUCUUCCUCUUUGUCCUGUUUCUUUUAUGCUCACAACACUCUCACUUCCUCAUACUCGUCCUGUGACCGCUUUCUCUCCUAGUCACCAAAGAUGGAUUCACAAAUGCCAAAAAUGGUGCUCAUAUUUUAAUUCUCAAGAAUUUUUUUUAUUUUUUUUUGAGACGCGUACAGCAUUAAGAUUACUGAUGUCAGUUUUUUGUCACAACUUGUGUUUUCAUGACCGCAUUAGCCUCCUUUUUGCGCCAUUGCCUUCUCUGUAUGUGACUGUGGUACUAACUAUGGAUACUGUUUGAAGGAUUGUUGAAUACAACUUGGUGGAUUUAGGAUUUUGAAGUACAAAACCUUUUUAUUAAUGGAGCUACAGCCACUUUGUAUUCACACAGUCCAACUUUCUUUUACAGGGCUCAAUAAUAAUAUGUUUGGAUUGGGUGCUUUACAAUGAAAUACUUUUGCUUAGUUUAAUUUACAAUAUGGUGUAUGUAUGAUGCAUUUAGGCAGACUUUCAGCCAGAGCAAUGGCUCCUCUGGGCAGCCUUCUUCCACUUUUUAUUUCAUUUAGUUUAGUUUUCUACAUUGUAUUAAUGUACAAUUUCAUGUUAAUGUGGGGGAUUAGGAUGGAAAAAAAACAUUUGCACAUUUAUCCACAUGGCAGCUGAUAUCUUAUAUUUUUGUUUAUGAAUGUUUAAAUUCUACUUGUGUACCGUCUCUUAGAGUUUAAAAAUGGAACCAACAAGGAACCUCCCUGUGCCUGAGUUUGAAGGCAAAAGCAUUUGACUACAUCAUGAGGUCUAUCCACUCAAAACAUCUUUCUUUGAACAGUAGUUUGUAUUUUGUGCCAACCUCCACUUUUAUUUUUCUUUUAAGUUCAGAUGGUAACAUAUUAUUGCACAGUCCAGUGUUUUACAAUAAGAUGAUCAAACUUUCUUGAGUUGACCUGAUUAUGAGAAUUGUCCAACUUAAUCAGCAUUUGAAUACUGGUGCUCUAAUUGUGAACUCCCAAACGAUGAUGAGGUCAGGAUUUCUUGAAGAUUAAUUGUGUGUUUGCAGUAGGACAAGUUUCAAGUUGGUUGGCAACAUUUACGGAUGGUUCUGGUUUCUUGUGGUCAAAAUAAGAUCCACAAUUUAAGAUUUACAUAUUCUGUGUUGCUGUUAGUCCUGCCGCUAAGCAUCACUUUAGUAAAAAUAAUCUCCAAUAAGUGGAAUUAGAUAAUGUGACUGUCUUUUAUGUACAAUGUUUUGAUGGUGUGUGCUUUUUAAUAAAUAGACUUUCUCCUAA